ACUCUAACACUAUCAACCAUGGCCGACUCCACCGACGUAAAAGACACCCCCGAGCAGACCCAGGAGGAGAAGAAGGAGGAGGCUGGAAAGCUCCCCCAGAACAACAUCUUCUCCAUGUUCGGAGGAGGCGCUCCCAAGAAGAAGGACACUUCCAGGGACGAUGACGAGGAGCAGCCAGAGAAGAAGGAGAAGAAGGAGGGUGAGGAGGAUGAGGCGCCCGAAUCCCCCGAUGUCCACUUCGAGCCCCUGGUUCACCUCGAGAAGGCUGAAGUCAAGACCCACGAGGAGUCUGAGGAACAGACCUUCAAGAUGCGCGCGAAGCUAUUCAAGUUCGAUUCCGAUUCGAAGGAGUGGAAGGAGCGCGGCACCGGUGACGUCAAGCUGUUGAAGCACAAGGAGAACGGCAAGACCAGGCUGGUCAUGAGACGGGACAAGACCCUCAAGGUCUGCGCGAACCACUACGUUGUUCCCAACAUGAAGCUCUCUCCCAACGUUGGCAGCGACAGGAGUUGGGUGUGGAACACCUCUGCCGACGUCAGCGAGGGUGCCCCCGAGGCGCAGACGCUAGCCAUCCGAUUUGCGAACGCCGAGAAUGCCAACCUUUUCAAGGAGGCUUUCAUCAAGGCUCAGCAGGAGAACGAGGAGCUCAUCCACAAGUCGUAA